UUGUCAUGAGGAAGAUUGUGUUACUGUAAAUAAUAAUGAUAAAUUUAUUGGUGCUAUUGAAAUUGUUAUUAAUGACAAUGAUACUCAAGAAGGUGGAUCUGAACCUAAAAAUGAUGACAAUGAAAAUUUAUACGUUGGUAAGGGUAAAGAGAAGGCAGUGGAAUUAACAAAUCAAGA